UUAAGACUAAUUUGCGUUUUCUUUUGUUCCAGGUUGUCUAACAUGUGUCCAAGUGUUGAAUAUAAUGGUCCUCCUCGGGUUUAUGUUGAACUACGCCCUCAGAGUGAACCUCACGAUCGCGGUCGUCGAGAUGAUUUACGAUGAAAACGAUAAUCACACGGUGGCUAACCUCACGCUUGGUCCACACAAUGUUACUGAGCAUCCAGAGCACAUAGAACAAACACGCUAUCACUGGGACACGAAACAGAAGAACCACCUUCUCGGCUGCUUCUUCUGGGGUUAUGUGCUCACAGAACUACCAGGUGGCAGACUGGCGGAAAUUAUUGGAGCUAGACGGGUGUUCGGCUACAGUACCCUGCUAGCCAGUAUACUCACCCUCCUUACUCCUGGCUCCGCUGCCAUUGGCUUCGGAUGGAUUGUAGCGGUCAGAGUCCUUCUUGGAUUCCUCCUCGGAGCGACAUGGCCAGCUAUCCUCCCCAUGGCAUCCAAAUGGAUCCCGCCAAUGGACAGAUCCAAAUUCAUGUCCAACAUGAUGGCAUCAUCAUUGGGCGCAGCGCUGACGAUGCCGAUCUGCGGGUUCCUGAUAGCGCACUUCGGCUGGGAGUCAGCUUUCUACUUCACCGGUAUAAUCGGUGUGAUGUGGUCUGUGGCCUGGUUCGCCGUCGUCUAUGACACUCCUGCGCAGCACCCGCGCAUCUCUGAAACCGAACGUAACUUCCUCAUGAAGGCUUUGCCUCAAGACAGCAAUAACAAAGGGCACAUGCCAGUACCAUGGAAGAGUAUGCUGCUAUCUCCACCAGUGUGGGCCAUCAUCAUCACUCACGGAGCUUCUGUCUUCGGUUACUUCACCGUCGUCAACCAACUGCCGAGCUACAUCGAGAGCAUCCUGCACUUCAACAUUAAACACAACGGUCUCCUAUCAUCUCUACCUUACUUGGGCAAAUACCUGUGCGCGCUGGCAUCAUCCGUGCUCGCCGACUGGCUCCGUCGCAGCGGGAAACUCUCUACCACGGCCGCUAGGAAACUUUUCACCGGAUUCGCUGUAGGCCUACCAGGUCUCCUGAUGAUCGCGCAAGCUUACCUAGGUGGUGACCGCGUGUGGUCCAUCGCUAUCUUCACCUCUGCCCUUACCAUCAACGGCGCCGUCACCGCCGGCUACCUCGGCAACGGUCUGGAUAUCGCACCCAACUUCAGUGGAACAAUCUUUGGCUUGGCAAACACUCUGUCCUCGUUCGGAGGCUGGCUGUCCACCUUCAUGGUUGGAGAACUCACUAAGGAUAACAACACUCCUGAACAAUGGAAGAUCGUGUUCUACAUCCUGGCCGGCACGUACAUCACGGGCGCGCUCUGCUUCGUGACGCUCGGCUCCGGCGAGCUGCAGCCCUGGAGCUCGCACAAGCCCAGCGCCACGCCGGACAAGAACGAGGAACAGCCGCUUAAUGAGGAGAAGGCGUAAGCUGGAGAUACGCUACAGGUACACUGGAAUCAGAAUCUUAAAUCACAUUACAUAAACUAGAUUUGCAUAAAAUCAAUCAAAUUACUUAAAGAUGUUGCUGGUACUUCUAUUUUCCUAAUAGCCUCGUUAGCUAAGCUGCGGUCAGAAAAAGUAUCAAGUACAAAAAAUGUCAAUCAAAAAUGUGAAAUGUCAUACGAUGAUGCAGUACGAAUCCACAUGCGCAAGAGUUUAAUUUUGAUUCCAGUGUAAUAAGAGUUAAUUGAGAAUCAGACAUGUUAGGACAAAAUUAUGACAGCUGUAAUUCAGGGAUGUCUAGAUAAAUAUCAGCAAUUAAAAUAAAUUUUGCAAGUUUUCUAAAUUGAGAUUUUACAGUGUUUUUGGAAAUAUUUAAACUUUUGUAGCUUUGUAUAAACAAUUGCCUGCAUGUCUGAAUAUUGUUAAUAAUACACCUCGUUACAAUUUUCACUAAUUAUCACAAAACGUAUAAUGAAACAUUUUGAGACUCGAAAUUAGUUUCAUUAUUAGUUUAUACAAGUUGUUAUAUUAGGAUUAUAGCAGUUUUUAUUUUAACAAUAAUUCAAAACUUACGUAGGAAAAAAAGCAAAUAAAAUUGAUAAUAUAUAAAUAGAUACUCAAAAUUCGUAAACAUUUUCCAUUAUUUAUAAACAAAUAAAAAACUGCUAUCAUCCUAAAACUUAAAAAGAAAGCACAAGUAAUAAUUUUCCCACUUCUAAUACGAUUACAAGUGAGAAAAUGAUUCCUUAUGUAUUGUUAAAAAUAUAAAGAAAAAAAAAACUCAAAAAAAGGCUGUUUAGUGUGUAAAUAUAAUGUGAUGUAUUUAUAUGGAACCGGCGCGCCCACGGACUCUGUUGACGGUUGGUUCGUACGAAACCCGACUCAUACGUAACGCUAAGUGUCAGGAAAUCAAAUGUUGUGGUCAGGCGUUCUUAUUCAUUAAUGGAUUAUACUACUUACUACCUAACCAGAAUACGUAAUAUGAUGGUAUCAUAAAAAAAAUGUUGAAACAAUACAUAGAUUUCUGUGUUAUAUCGAAUUUAUCAAGUUAAAUAGUGCAGGAUACAAAAGGAAAACAACUUAUUGACACUUUUAUUAUACCUUAUACUGAAGAAAAUAGAGUUCAAUUUUGUUAAAAACAUUGAUUUUGAUAUUCCAGAAAACUGUCUUUAACUUAAUUGGAAUUUUCUUUUACUAAGUAUAAUCCAUUGAACGGACGCCUGGCUACAAAUAAAUAUAUUUUUGUUGCUUCAACGCUUUUGGUAAUGCGAGUAUGUUAGACAAUUUGUGAGGACGCGGUAUGGAAUGUAAAUGAUUUGAUAUUUCUUAGUUAGGGUUCCUAUACACCAAAUAUCCAGUGAAUUGAAGUAGACGUGGAUGAUCUAGGGCUGCUAGGGCAAACCGUCACCUCCUAAUUUAAUAGUCCAGUUGUGAAGUACUCCUUCACUUACACGACUGCAGGUAUAUUACUUUAAGACAUGACGGUGGAAUUUGCUACCCAGUCCAAAAUCACGCGAUAACCUAAUUGAAAAUGUAAGACCAAGCACUAAGGUUGCUUUUCGUUUGUCACUUAUAAACUCAAACAUAAUUAUUCGUGAUAGCUAAGUACAUAUCCAUCAUAUACAUUCCAGUUCGUUCGUAUAGGCUGGUAUACCAGUGUUAGGGUAGCGCUUACCAAAUUGUACUGAUAGGUGUAAGGCGGAUCCGAUCCGGGGACCAAAGUUGUCGACAGCAAAAUUCUGUCUGUAAUUGAGCUGUAGUUGUAGAUAAACGGUACUUUUAGUGUCUACGUAUUUGCGGGUCGCAGUUGACUUUUUUGUGCGGGUUCAAAUAAUUAAAACAAAACAAAAUGAUUAAUACUCGGAAUAAGCGUUCGUGGAUCACACAAAUGCUUGUCCUACAUCAGUUUCAAACCCGCGUCACGUCGCUCACAGUGACCUAUACCACUCGGCACAAAUUUAUAUUCCCAAUUUUUCAGGCAGUUAAAUUUAUCUGAUAACCUUAAAUCUAGUAAAUAAUUGAAUUCAGUAUACUCCAGCCAGUCCACUACGACUUGUCAAACACACGUGAUUAUUGAACAUUCUCACAAAGUACCACGACUAAAAACCGUGCCUUCGCUCAAUUACAGACAAAAACAAUGAUUUCUUGAAUUAUAAUUUUGUAAGUAUUUAAGUAUCUUAUUUAUUUUUCUACGUCGAAGGUUUAGGAAAAUUCAGAGCCAUUAUAGCUUACCAGUGAAGCGACAGCUUCGCUUGCAUCCAACCAUAGGCAAGCCUCGUUACUUUUACCGUAAGACAUAGAUAUUAAGAUUAUAAGGGUGGUCCUUUUGACAUGUAGGAUUUAUAAUAUUUUUUUAUUUCAAAACACUUCUUACGGUCUGAGAUUUUCGUUGUUUCAUUAUCAAAGCCUAAAUUACGAAUCAAGUUUUGCUUUAAAGUAUCCAUAUUGUCGUGAUUUAAUUUAUUAGUAACAACAAGUACAGUAUAAUUCUCCAUAAAUGAAAUAGUAUAAACGUCCUACAUGUCGGGCCCACCCGUUAGCCAUGUUCGCACUUAGCUUUAUUACAAGGGACAAUGCAUUGUAAUUGUGUGCAUUUCAACAACUGUGAUAAAGAGCUUUGUCUAUGGUGACUUCGCUAGUGCCCUUACAAACGUAGCUCUCAAAAUUAUGGAGUAAUAAAAUUAUCACACGAAUCGUUUUACGGCUAUUUUAGUUCCUAAAGCAUGAUCAGUAUUUCGUAAAAGUUUUCUCGUCCGUUCUUUUGUGUUUUUGGGUAGACGGACCGUUUUAUAUGUAUUACUUGUAUUAGCUAAGUGACAAUGUCCAUGUAUAUUGUAUUCAUAUCAGAAUCUGUAUUAGUCUAUAAUUGUAUGUUAUAUUUUGUUGCAUAAGUCUCUCUGAUAAUGAGUUUUAUACAUUAUAUUUAAGAGUAAUGCUAGUUAAUGUACCAUUUAUAGGGAAAAUGUAAUGUUAUAUUUCAAUAGUGUUGUAUUCUAACCAAAUGUUAAAAAAAGUUUAAUUGAAUGAAUUAAAAAACAAUUAAUCUUGAUUUUACAUAUCUGGUUAGAGAACUACACUAUUAAUUAAUGAAUUAUUUUGUUGUUCACCAUCGUCCGUCUAUUCCCAUAACUAUUUCCACAGACAAACGACCGUAUCCUUCCAACGAUUGCAGGGUAACUAAGUCCAUAGAGUACAUUGUAUAAACAAAAUAAUAAUUACUUAAGUUAAUUAGCUUGUCUGUGGAAACUUGCACUAUAUGUUAGUAUUAUCCCAAUAUCACGUCAUAUGUGCAAGCUUAUAUAAAGUAUCCCAAAACUCAAGAAAGCAUUUUUAGUAAUAAUACCAUAAACGUGUAUUCGACCCUUUAAUUGAUAUUUUACGAUAAACUUAAUAAAAUAAAGUUGUUUUUAUCAUUUUGUGAACACAUCCCUUUAUAAAAUAGCUUUGAGACGUGGCUAUUUAGGGUAAUUAAAUCAAGAGUUGUACGCAUCAGAGCUUUUGGGUAUUUUUAUUAAUCAUUUUAUAUAAUUAUCUAUUUUUCGUGAGACAUGUUUACCGACUUUACUUACAUAAAGAUAAUGUAGGUGCUAUUCGAAACGUUGUCACUGAAUUAUUUAAUUUGAUUGCAUUGCAUUUGAUUUUAAAGUUUAUAUAAAAAUCAUUUCGAUCGCAUGUCAAGAUUUCAUGUUUGCACAUGCUACAUAAUUUAUAUACAUGAAUAGAAAAUGUCACCACGAAUAAUAUUAAUCAAUUUAUUAUUUCCAUCUAGUAUUUGAGAUAAUUAUCAUUCAAUUAUUUUAUAGCUUACCAGUUAAUUUAAUUAUAUUUUUAGUUUUGCGAAUCUUAAAUUAAGGUUCUUUAUAAACGGGGCAACGCAAGUCUCAGAUAUCUGACGGUAAUAGUCUCGGAACCUCUAUUUUGGCGGUACUUUAGAGGCAAAUCGUCAGGUAUUGGCUGAUUUUUUUUACCCCAUAAAGAAUCUGUUUCUAUGUUUACACAAUACAAUAUCUGUAAGACAGGAUUAAAUAAGUAAUAUAAUAUGUAUUGAAGAGUGACAAGUUCGGUUACGAAUGAUUGUAAUGCAUGUGUUCAGUAUGUUAUGUAAGGCAAUAUUUAUGUAUUUUCGUAUUUAAUGCAUGUCAUAAGGUAACAAAUUGUUAUGUCACAUGACAACUCCGUAAUUUUGUGAACCAUUUUCUUUUUGAAAAUAAAGAAUUUACCAAAAUA